UAUUCGUACGAGGAGCUCCAAGCUGCUACGGGAAAUUUCAACCCUCUGAACAAGCUGGGGGAGGGCGGGUACGGCCCCGUGUAUCGUGGCUUGCUGGACGGGAUACCGGUGGCGGUGAAGGUCCUAGAUACGAGCGCCGGCUGCUUGCAGGGCCGGUCUGAAUUCGAGUCGGAGGUCCGCAUCUUGUCCUCCCUGCACCACCCCCACUUGGUGCUCCUCAUUGGGAGUUGCCCGGAUAGGGCCGUCCUCGUCUACGAACUGAUGCGCAAUGGCAGCCUGGAGACGCACCUCUUCAGCGCAGGUGCCGCCCUUCGCGCUGGCCCCCACACCGUCGGGCUGACCGCUGGCCUAUCUUGGCAGGACCGGGUCCGUAUCGCCUCUGAGGUCGCCACCGCUUUGCUGUUCCUCCACACCUCGUUGCCGCCUGUCGUACACCGGGAUCUGAAGCCCGCCAACAUCCUGCUGGACGCGCACAUGACCGCCAAGCUGGGGGAUGUGGGGCUGGCCAGCCUGGUGCCCACCUUGGCGAGGCCCGCGGGGCACAGUGCAGGAGCAGAUUCCAGGCUGGUGGGCACCUUUGAGUACAUGGACCCCGAGUACCUCCAUACAGCCCAGUUCUCGCCGAGAAGUGACGUGUAUUCGCUGGGGAUGGUGAUGCUGCAGAUGCUGACGGGGAAGCGGGGCAAGCAGGUGUUCUCCCAGGUGGAGGCGGAGCGCCGGGACCCGUUGGGCUUUGGUCCCUGUAUUGACCCUCGAGCAGGUACCUGGCCGGUGGCGGAGGCGGCUGCGUUCGCCGACCUGGCGUUGCGCUGCGCGUCGCCCAGCCGCCAGGACCGACCUGACCUCAGGAGCGUCAUCUUGCCCACGUUGAUGCAGUUGAAGCAACGGACGCGUUUGUACGACCAGCAACCGCCGCCACCCCAGCAGCUCCAGCAGGAGGAGCAGCAGCAGGACGUCAAUGUGCCGCCGAUGUUCCUUUGCCCCAUCACCCAGGACAUCAUGGACGAGCCGGUGGUUGCUGCGGACGGCUACACAUACGAGAAGUUGGCGAUUGCGGAGUGGAUGCGGCGCAGCUCCUCCAGCCCCCUGACCAACCUCCCCAUGAAGAACACCAACCUGGUUGAAAACAGAACGCUCAGGAGCGCCAUCCGGGAGUGGCGGGAGCGCCAGCAGCACCAGCAGCACCAGCACCAGCAGCACCAGCAGCACCAGCAGCACCAGCACCAGCAGCACCAGCAGCACCAGCAGCACCAGCAGCACCAGCAGCACCAGCAGCAGCAACAACAGCAGCACCAGCACCAGCAGCAGCAGCAACAGCAGCAACAGCAACAGGCGAAGGAGGAAAGCGCCGUGGCGCAAGCAGCGGCUCAGGCACCACCACCACCACCACCACCGCCGCUGCCGCCGCCGCCGCCUCCCCCGCGCCCUGUGGCACGGGCGGACUCGGGGGGCUGGUGA